GUGCGCUUGCGCCGCUCGCUUGAGCCGAGGUCGGGAACAUGGCCGCGCGGUCCCUGUGGGCGGGCCGGCGGCGGUUGCAGCGCCUCCUGGCCUGGAGUGCCGCCUCUGACGGCAGAAGAUGGAUGCGUCCUUUCAGCACUGCCACCCAGAGAACCACUGGCGAGGACUGCAGUUCCGAGGACCCUCCUGAUGAGCUUGGGCCCUCUCUUGCAGAAAGAGCCUUAAAGCUAAAAGCUGUUAAACUGGAGAAGGAAGUCCAGGAUUUAACAGUGAGAUACCAAAGAGCUGUAGCUGAUGGUGAAAACAUAAGAAGGCGAACCCAGAGAUGUGUAGAAGAUGCCAAGAUAUUUGGAAUUCAGAGUUUCUGUAAGGACUUGGUGGAGGUGGCAGACAUUUUGGAGAAGACAACAGGGUGCAUUUCUGAAGAAACAGAGCCUGGGGACCAGAAGCUCACUCUGGAGAAGAUCUUCCGAGGGUUGUCACUUUUAGAGGCAAAGCUGAAAAAUGUGUUUGCUAAGCAUGGCCUGGAGAAGAUGACACCCAUCGGUGACAAAUACGACCCUCAUGAGCAUGAACUCAUUUGUCACGUGCCUGCUGGUGUUGGGGUGCAGCCUGGCACUGUGGCAUUAGUCAGGCAAGAUGGCUACAAGCUUCAUGGCCGCACCAUUAGACUUGCCCGGGUGGAAGUGGCGGUGGAGUCUCCGAGAAGACUCUGAAUAGGCCAUCGGGAACUGAGCGCUCGCCCAGAGUGCAGUCACCUGUGUCUCCUUUAUUUAUUAAGCUAGGUUUGUAUUGUACAUGAGGUACUUCAUGUGGUCUGGGUUGGAUUUAGUCAUAUUGGCUUUAUUUCUGAGAUACUGUUCAUUUCACGUGACCUGUUUGGUCUCAUCAGAAACCUUGCCCUUGGGCAUUUGAACAAUGUGACAAGUGUUUGUAUGACCUUUAUCAGAAUAUGUUUAGGAAAAUUGUUUUUAAAUUGAUACUUUGUUCACUUUCAUUCCAAAAUCUUUUUGAAAGGUAAAGACAAGUAUAAGUUUGUGUAUUUUCAAAUGAUUGUUCCUCUUUAAUGUCUCUACCAUGGUUUGUUAGGAUCUUAUAUUUUGUGGGAAAAGGAGAUGAUAAGGAUUGGUUCAACAUUUGGGUACUUAGAUGAUAAAAAGUAAUUGUACGAAUUUAGAUCAUUUGAGUUGAUUUUUAUACACUUGGAUUUUCAGGACAUUUUAAUUUUCCUUUUAGCAAUCAUUUGUCCUUGUAUGCCCUGUCAGGCACAUGUCAUAGUUCCCCUCAUUGUUCCUUUCUGGCUCCAUUUACAAGAACUAAAGGUCCAGGCAAGGCUUGGAAGGCAGGGAACAUUGAAACAUUGGAACUACCCCAAAGCCUUGUGAGGAAGGAGGACCAGCAAACCUGAUGCUGAGUAUCUUCAACUUACUUUCAGCCUCCCUGGGUAUAUAAUCAUUUCUGGGAAAUGAGGCAGCACAAGCAGCUUAUUUUAUAAAUUGUUCUGUGUAAGUAAUUUACCUACAGUUUUUCUUUCAUGAGCCCUGAAAUCUAGUUUGCCUUGUUAUCCUUUACCUAUUCAUUAAAGAGGAGAUGGUCAAGACAAAAAUGUUAGGUUCCCACCAUUUCUCAUUUUCAUUGAGUUACACUAAUUUUUUUUUUUUUUUUUUUUUUUUUCACAAAUCACUACCUCUGUUACAUUGACAAACUUUAGUUCCUAGUUAUUAUGUCAUGGUGUAAACAUCUCACUCCCUUCUAUGUAUUUACCUGGGGUCAUUGAGCCUAUGUGUUUCUUAUUUUUUCGGUAUUGCUUAUAACUAGUAGUCUGUAAAUGUGUUGUUCAAUAAAUGGGUUAGCAAAUGAAUUAACCGGACUGUAGAAAGGAGAUCAAUUAUGCAUAUUUUAAUGUUAGAAGAGGCCUUAAUGAUAUUCUCAUCUUGUCAGCUGCUCCUGAAGUAUGAAAAUGUAGUGCUCUGAGAAUUGAACUCAAGGGAAAAGAAUAAUUUCUAAAUCUAGUGAACUAAACUUUAGUGAGAACUUAAAUAAGCAACAACUAGAUAAUAACAUCAAUCAUGUAAAAGUCAACAGUUUUUUACUAAACAUGCAGCUAUGUCUCCAGCAGACAAUUGUGUGUUAGAAGUCCAGGUUGCAUAGGUCUAAGUUUAAAUUAGUUACCCAUAAGAUAAGUCCAUUUCUCCUGGCACUCGAUCCCAAUUCAGUGGAGUGGUAGAAGUUAUCUUAAAUGUCAUAUGAAGUCUGGGAAUCUACACAGACAUGUAUCGAUAAAACCAUCCACCAGUGGGCUGUGCCAUCUCCACCAGAUUUAGACACUUAAAAAAAAAUAACAUCCUUUUAAAAUGCAAAAGAUUGGUCGGAAGGUUUUCAGAACCAGAAUCUCUGGGCCUUCCUUUGAACACAUACUGUGAUUUAAUGGGCAAUCAGAUUUCAUAAUAGGAAUUUGUCUUUUUGCCUUUAUUUUUUUGAGACUGACAGACGGUGACAAGAAAAUCAGUCAAUUACAAUUACCAUUGUGUUCUUGUUUUACUAGCUGACAUUACCAAUGAAUUUGAAUAAUCAUUUUAGGUAUGGAAUGUUCUGAUUACUUGAGUUUUCUAAUAUUCCUUGCAACUUCCUGUCUUAGUAGGCACAUUGAGAAUACACAUUUCGUUUAUUCACAGUUUUACAAACUUUAAUGUAUAAACUUUGAAAAUGGAUUACCAGCAGUAGGAAUCACCAAAAGUUGAAGGGCUUUAAGGGAGCUCAAGCAGCAUAAUGGGGCAUAGACGAGCAUGAAUCCCAGCUCAGCAGUCGGUAACCUGGGGCACCUGAUUCUGCUUCCUCUUUGCAAAAUGAUUAUAAUCAUUCUGUCACAAUAUUGUAAGGCUCAAACGUAAAUUGCCUACUACAGUACGUGCUCAAAUAUUUAUUUUUAUUGCUUUUCAUCUACACAUUUUUUUCCUGUUUUCAUAAUUGCCUAAAGUCUAGGGGGAGGGGAAGACUGGCUAAGAGCCACUCAACUAUUAAAAAACAAUUGUAAGCUUAUCAGUCAGAGUGACUUACUUUCCUUCCAGCUUCUAGUUAUUUUUUGGCUGGUUUGUUUUUUAACCAUUGCGCAGGAAAUUCACGUUUUUAGACCAACAGAGCAAGGAGAUUGUAUCAGUGCUCUUAAUUAUUUUCAUCUUGAUGGUAAAAUGAAAAGACAAUAUUGAUGUACAUGUAGUAUAUAAGGAAGCUCCAGCUCAUUCGAAGAAAGGAUUUUGGAGGAUAUUUGACUUCUAGAAAUCUCUUGCAGAUUUUCCUCACUGCCGUAAAAGGACUCUCAGUUUUAUACUGACGUGAGUUAUCUGGUGCUCCACAGCAAGGGACUUGAUGAAUGAAGAAAGGUUCUAAAGCAAAAGCAAAAUUGCAAACUAAGGAUGACAUAUUCAGAAACAACUAAUAAAACCCAAGCUGAAAUAAUUGGGGUCCAUAUGUUUGGUGUCUGUCUGCCUUGUUCAUACUGUGUUUUGAUAUGAUGACUUAGAGAACUGCUGGGCCACCCUUGUGACACUCAGUGGAGGUGCUGAGAUCUCAGUUGCUCAGCGGGUAGCGUGUAGAGACUACACACCCUUCCUCAGAGGAAGUCUUACUUGUUUUUCUGUCUUGAUGACUUGUCUGAUUCCUGUGUAUUUCUCAGAUCUGGACUGUUUCUGCAUUCCUUUCUGGCAUUGCCUCAUUUUCUUGGGUUUGCAUCUUGAUUCUAAUUGUUUGAUCUGUUUUAACUACCUCACUUCAACUGCUGCCCUCCUGACCAGUCUCUUCAACCAGAUUACUGGCAUGCGACUUUGUUCUGACCUUCAGCUUCCAUGGGUCCUUCCCAACUUUUGACUGUCUUCCCUUAGCCUUACCUUGGCUACUCCGUGGGCUUCCACACGCCCAACCACCUAGCUGAUGGCCUCUUUCUGUCUGCCCUUGCAUUUGCAUCAUCCUCUGAGUCUUGUCUACAGUCCCUGGCUCCAUAAGCCAUUUCUUCCCAUAUUCCCAAUGCUAGCAGGUUAAGUUUAUUCAUAUUCUGUUCACUUAGAUUUUAUCCUUAUUUUCAAUUCAUUGUGGAGAUUUUCAAACAUGACUCCAAAUCUGGAAUCUGGCUUUGUGACUCACCAAUAGGUUAUAGUGGAAGUGGCACUGCCAGUUUCUGAGCCCAAACAUUAAACUGGCAGCCCCACUUUCUGUCUUCAAAUGCUUAUUGUUGGAAUCCAGUCAUGGAGCCAAACGCAAGCUGAAGAGCCUCAGAAUGAAACUAAAGGCCCGGUGAAGCCCCGCCUGAUAGCGAAUGGGCCAGAGGUGAGCUGAUCUA